CUGCGCGCUGUGCUGUGGACUGACGUCACCCGUCCGUGUUUUCCUCCGGUCCAACUGGUUGGGACGUGGACAUCUCCAGUUCGCUGCUGCUGCUGCUGCUCACCGCAGCACAGAAGACAGAAAGGAAAAGGAGCGAGCCUCCACGAGCACGGUUAUAACUCAAAUAACAGUGCGUCACCACCGGGCACACACUGGUUGAAUCAACGUUGCUUCUACAUCAUUUUCAAUUCAAUUACUUUGAGCCAACGUGGAGCUGGCUGGGAAUAUACGUUGAAUUGACGUCUGUGCCAAGUGGGUCCAUUCGUACAGAUUUCGUGACGCGGAAUGCGUGCGUAAAAUCAGACAGAGCCGACCUACACAACAGCCAAAAUGACACUUCGCCACUGCCUGUUUUACCUCUAAACAAACAUGCAUCCCGGACGACGUGCUUUCCUCUAUUCUUACGUGCAAUAAAACAUUAGAAGACUUAGAAGAUGGAGAAUAUAUCUAUCUCGAACAGCCGCAGGGUAUUUCCAGUGGUGUGUAACGAAUCCACGGACUACUAUUAUCUGAGCGCGACCAACCGGACAGAUCUGAACUGCACGCCCCAAUCAGAGUUCUACUUUUACGCGGACCUCUAUAUAGUCCUGCCUGUGAUCUAUUCGGUAAUAUGCGCCGUGGGUUUAACGGGGAACACGGCCGUUAUCUACGUUAUCCUCAAAGCGCCUAAAAUGAAGACGGUGACCAAUAUGUUUAUCCUAAACUUGGCGAUAGCGGACGACCUGUUUACCCUGGUCCUACCCAUCAACAUCGCCGAGCACCUGCUCCACUACUGGCCCUUAGGAGAGGUGCUGUGUAAGGUCAUCCUGAGCAUAGACCACUAUAACAUCUUCUCCAGCAUCUACUUCCUGACGGUCAUGAGUGUGGACCGUUAUCUGGUCGUUCUGGCGACGGUGCGUUCCAAGCGUAUGCCGUACCGCACGUACCGCGCGGCCAAGAUAGUGAGCCUGUGCGUCUGGAUCCUCGUGAUUCUUAUCGUGAUGCCUUUCACUGUAUUCGCCGGGGUCUACAUCAGUCCCGAUGACUUGGACCGGAAAAGCUGCGUCCUCAGCUUCCCGAGCCCGGAGAGUUUGUGGUUCAAGGCGAGCCGGAUAUACACCCUGAUCCUCGGCUUUGCCAUCCCGGUGUCGACCAUCUGUAUUCUCUACACCAUGAUGCUGUACAAACUACGGAACAUGCGCCUCAACUCCAACGCCAAGGCGCUUGACAAGGCUAAAAAGAAAGUAACUAUUAUGGUGUUUAUAGUCUUAGCGGUGUGUCUGUUCUGUUGGACGGGGUUUCACCUCAGCACCAUAGUGGCUCUCACCACCGACCUGAGGACCACUCCGCUGCUCAUCGGGUUGUCCUACUUCAUCACCAGCCUCAGCUACGCCAACUCUUGUCUUAACCCUUUUCUUUAUGCCUUUCUGGAUGACAGCUUCAGGAAGGCGUUCAAGAAGAUGCUAGAAUGUAGACCUGCAGGAAUGUAGUAGCCUACAGGCUUAGUGGAUAGUGGAUACAAUACGGUAUGUUAAUAUUGAUGCCAUUCAAAAAUAAACUAUGAUCAUAUUAUUUAUGUUUGCUUGAAUCUACAUUAGGUGAUUAUCAUUGUUGCCAUGGUAUGACUUAAAUAUUUAAUAUAUAACAUGGAAUAUAUAACAUGGAAUAAAUAAUAUGGAAUCAUAUGGAUUCUGGCCAGGAUUGGAGGGGAGUAUUUCUUUUUCAUGGACAUUUGUCUCCCCCUGGUGUCCUGAGAGGGCAGGUAGCCUCCACCGUAGUGAGAAGGCAGGUAGCCUCCACUGUAGUGAGAGGGCAGGUAGCCUCCACCGUAGUGAGAAGGCAGGUAGCCUACACUGUAGUGAGAGGGCAGGUAGCCUCCACUGUAGUGAGAGGGCAGGUAGCCUCCACUGUAGUGAGAAGGCAGGUAUCCUCCACUGUAGUGAGAGGGCAGGUAGCCUCCACUGUAGUGAGAGGGCAGGUAGCCUCCACCGUAGUGAGAAGGCAGGUAGCCUCCACUGUAGUGAGAGGGCAGGUAUCCUACACUGUAGUGAGGGCAGGUAGCCUACACUGUAGUGAGGGCAGGUAGCCUACACUGUAGUGAGGGCAGGUAGCCUACACUGUAGUGAGGGCAGGUAGCCUACACUGUAGUGAGGGCAGGUAGCCUACACUGUAAGUGAGGGCAGGUAGCCUACACUGAGUGAAACUAUGGGGCUUUAACAGUGAUGUAGCCUAUAACACUUUGCUGUAAAUACAUAGGUGUUGUUCUGGCCUGUCAUUGUGAACCAUAGACAAACUGGGUCAACUAUAGUGCAUAGUCCUAAUACAACUAAAGAUGUGAACUAAUUCUACUUUUCAGUCAGUCUAUCUUACGGAUAAUAAUGACAAUAUAUUUACAUGUUCAAGUUCAAGUAAUCGUUUGUGUUGACAUGACACACUUUGAAAAUGACUUGUUGCUUAUUUCCCCGAUACCAAGAGAGUCUCCACAUGUUUUGUUCGUAGGUAGCAGAUAUACGCUGUAUCAUACAGACAUCAAUUCAUAGAUUUUUUAUAUCUGAUGACAAAUAAAACAUAA